UAGGGGGCGUCGUAUAGUUGUUGAACCACAGCAGUAUGAAAGUAGUCAGUUAUCAGGUUAGUAGGUUAACCUGUACUGAUCAGUAUUGGUAACGAAAAUUCAACAUAAUGUUUAGUAUUAUUUACUAAUGAAAAUUGAGUUCUUUGCUUUGAAAAGAUAUUACAAUUUAGUGUUUCGAUGGGAUUAUAGAGUAGAUUUAAGUUUAAACGAAAUAAUGAAAAUGGGGCCGAAUUUGUGUAAAGUAAAUUCGAUGGGGAACAAAAUCACAUGAAAUUCUGAGUUGUGAUGAUACGUGAUGUAUUUAUUUAUAAGGAGUAUGGAACAAAUAAAAAUGUUUGUAAAAGACCCCUGUGGCAUCGUAUGCAUCAUAGUCACGUACGUCGCUGUUUUUUAUGCAGAUUACGUCGUUGUAUGUUGGGUUAUCUUACAUAGUUUACAAGACAGUUUGUGGGGUCCAUUUCAUGUAGUGGCUUUCAACGCCGUUGUAUUGUUAUUGAUAAUGUCACAUUUGAAAGCAGUCUGCAGCGAUCCUGGCGUUGUACCAUUACCACAAAGUCGUAUGGACUUUUCUGACAUUCAUACAGAUAACUCAGAGACAAAAAUUGAAUGCGACGAAAGAGACAACUGGACCGUUUGCACGAGGUGUGAAACGUACAGACCACCCAAGGCACGUCAUUGUAGAAUUUGUAAGCGAUGUAUUAGGAGAAUGGAUCAUCAUUGUCCAUGGAUAAACAACUGUGUCGGAGAAAGAAAUCAAAAGUACUUUAUCCAAUUUCUGGUCUAUGUUGGACUCUUGGCCGUCUAUGCACUAGGUCUGGUAAUAACAUCAUGGAUCUUAGAAUGUUCUCACUGCAGUAACGACAUAGCUUACAAACAAAGUCGCAUCUUACACUGUGUUAUAUUGGUGUUGGAAUCAGCAUUGUUUGGCAUGUUUGUCAUCGCAGUACUGGUAGAUCAAUGCCAAGGUAUACUGGGAGAAGAAAACACAGUGGAACGUAUGCAAAAUAAUCAUCAUUAUAAGAAAAAUAGUUCACGUACCUUGGUGUUACUUUCUCAAGUUUGUGGUAAGAGUCAUCCAAUUUUAUGGAUGCUCCCUUGCCAGAACCCGCCACGGUAUAUUUUUCGAAAAGACGCGUACCUGAUCGAUCACGAAGUUUAAGUGAACAUACAAAUAAUUCUUGAACAAUGAAUGCUUCUUUUAUGGCUUUUAAUGCCAUAAAUACUUUUUUAUAUGUAUUAGAAACUUUUCCUUAUUUAAUGGAUAGAAGGUGUAAUUUAUACAAAAUGGGGACAUUACUGUUUAUUAUAAAAUUUUCGGGAAAUGAAAACGGUAUUAACAAACAUAUUUGUUCUGUUAUUUAAAACUAAAGUUAGGUGAAUUUUAAUCUUUUGUAACUGUAUACUUUUCCUAAAGACAUUUUCGUACAACGUCGCCAAAAUAAAAACGAAGGAAUGUAAAGAAUGAGUCAUUUAAAAAUGCAAGCUCGUUUUAAUUUUGCUUCCAUUUUAUUACGCGAAAAGUUAAUUUCCAAGUCAUUCCAUAAGAUUAAAUGAGUCUAAAUAUACUUGCAAGUUUAAUAUUUAAUACGAUCGAACCAAAUAUUAAUAAUUAUAGCGACGGAACCUGAAUGAAGCUUGCAAAAAUAACGUACUUAUAAACAUUUUUUAAUAUAUCUUUAGCUAAUUUUUUGUUAUCAGUAUAUAUCUUUAAGAUGUGCGACGCGUAAUUUCAAU